AUGAAUAGUAAAAGUACCAAUAUUAAUAAAGGAAAUUAUUUAUAAAAUAUAAGAAAUAUGGGAUAGCUAAAUAAAGUAUUAAAAAAAGGAAUCGUAAAGGUUGAUGAAAAUUGGAAAAAAAUAAAGUCAAAUUAAGGAGUGUUGUUAGGAGGAUCAAAUUUCUUAAAUAAAAUUUAUUUAGAUGAAUCAAAAAAAUUAUUAACAAUGGCCUAAAAUAUCCUCUUUAAGAAUUAAGAAUUCUUGAUUUUGUGACUGUAAUACAGAGUAAACAUAUUUAUAUAACUCAAAAUAAGAAUUUAAAAGGAGUUAUUUAUAAAUUGGUUGAAAUAAGAAUUUAAUUGAAAAUAAUCAUACUAAUGUUAAAAAGCAAAGGAAGAGCUUGGAAAUCAAAUACAUUAGUAUUAUUGCACUGGUUAUACUAAUUAUUGAGUAUUAAAAUAAAUAUGAUUAUUUUUAGAUUGAAUGAGUAGAAGGCAAUUUAUCAGAAUGUGCAUUUAAUUAUGUUAUUAAGAGAAUGAAAGCUUAAUUGAAUGAGAAUAAAUAAAAAAUAUUAAAAGAGAAUAUAUAAAAUAUUAAUGAUGAUAUAGAAGUUAAAAGUGUUAUAAGAUUAGAUUCUAUUUUUAAAUAAAUAUUUUUGUAUUCAAAUUUAGAUUUGAAAUACACAGGUUUGUAGUAUAACUAACUUAUUUAAGGGAUUAUAUUAAGUUAAUAAAUAUAAAAUGAAUUAACUUAUUAAUGGUGUAAUAUAGAUAAUAAUAUAAUGACUUGUCCUUCAGUUUAUAUAGGAUCAAUAAUUAUGUAUAUUAAUCCUUGA